AUGCGUUCAGAUCCCAGCCUGGUGCUGGCGGCCAUUCCCCACAGCGGCUUCGUGUUGGGCUUCGCCGCGGAGGAGCUGCGGCAGAGGAAGAGCUUCGUUCUGCAGGCGGUGAAGCUCAAUGGAUAUGCCUUGAUUGGAACCCCCGACGAGUUGCGCGCGGAUCGGGAGGUCGUCCUGGCAGCGGUACGACGGCAGGGACAGUGCCUGGAGUUUGCUUCACCAAAGCUUCGUGGAGACCCCGAGGUUGUCCUUGCUGCCAUCAAAUCUUCGCCGGAGCCCUUGGUCCAUGUGGAGGACUCUCUCUGGUCCCAGCCGAGCUUCGUCCUCGAUGCCUGCGAACUCCACGCCUGUGCGCUGCAGCACGCGGUGGACGCGCUGCGUCAGAACCGGGCCUUUGUGCGUGCGGCCUUCGAACGCAAUGCCGAAUGCCUGUGUUAUGCUCAUCCAGACUUGCAAUCUGAGCGUGGCUUCCUGAUUGAAUGUUUAGCGUUGAACCCCAAUGCCUUGCAUUUCGUCCCUGCCACGAUGCGCAUGGACGUGGCUUUCCAGGCUGCGGCAAAGUCACAUGUUACGGAGACAGCAUUGCCAUCCCCUGCGUGGUGAGGCUGAAAAA